CAGCAUUUUGUGCGUAUGGGAGGGGAGAGCACGGAUGGACUACAAUUCCCAGAAUUCACGCAACCGGCCAAUGAAACGGCGAGCAGCUGCCGGUUCGCGGUGGGAAUGGCGCGGGAGCCGGAGGUGGUGAUGGAUUACCUGACCGAGGUGGAGCUGCUGGCGGAGAACGUGAUCGCGGAUAAACAGCAGAUCAUUAGUCUGGAUGGAAAGAGAAAUCGGAACCGUGAAGCACUGAGGGCGUUACAAAAUAGCAGCGAAUCGGGGAAUGUGAUGGUUUGUUUUGGAAACAUGUUUAUCAAAUUCCCCAAGUCUAGGACCCAGGACAUGAUUCAGAAAGAUCAAGAGCAGUUGGAUGAAGAAAUACGUAAGCUUAAUAAGCAGUUGAAAGUGAAAGUUAAUCGUUUAAAUGAAGCACAAGGAAAAUCUGAAAUCAAAGGAUUUGAUCUAACUCCAUUAACCCAUGAAGAAAUGCAGGCCGUUACAAAGGUCCUGAAAAACUGAGAGUGCAUGGUUGACAUUGGAAAUGACGUUACGCUGUGUGUUGGAGGAAACCAUGAACAGCAGAGGCACAACUGCAAUAUGGUGAAAAAAUGCUGGCGGAGUCUGAGUUCAAAGUUCACGGCAAUUGGCCCCCUCGGGAUUGUUACUUGAAAAAUAUUACAGUUUUUUGACCAUCCAUUUAGCUGUACAUUUAUAAAUGAGAUCCUGUUUGGACCCUGUACAAAUGUUAACUUGUCCCCAUAGUUCACUGCUUGUAAAAUUAACUUUUAAAAAUAAAAAUAUUAAUGUAUCUUUUUCAUUAUUUAGUUGUGCUCUUGGUUGCAUUGGCAUGCCAAUAUUUGCCUUCCUGUUUUGUUGAUCUGGCUGUGAAUCAUGCAGAUCCUGUGCUGUAUUGACUUUGCCGAUCUUUGCUAAUAAGUGUUUUUGUUUUAUUAAAUUUUGGUCUUGAUGAUA